CUUGUGGCAGCGGUAGUUUCGAAGCAGUCGGCGUCGAUGUGGAAGCCGUCGGGGUCCAUCGUGGGCAAGACGCAGGGGCUGGACGACCUGCCGCUGGCGCUGCAGCAGGACAUCAAUGACUUCUUGCACUUUGCCCAGAGCCGCAAGCAGCAGAAGCUCGUGCCACGUAUCAACAAGGUCGACUUUGCCAAGGCGAUGCCAGAGUCGGACUACGCUGUGUGCUUGCAGCUCCAAGUGCUCACAAAGGAAUACCAAGAGGGCUGGCCUAUCUCGGCCAUGACGUCGUCGAUUGCCAACAUGUCGCUCUCGUCCAUGUCGAUGGACCGCGGCAAGUUUAGCAUCGCGGUGCGGAUACCAAAGGCGUAUCCUGCCCAGUCGCCCGACAUCUCGUGCGUCACGGGCGGCGAAAACGUACCGGUGGAGCUCAAGCAAGGCGCCAACGUUGUGCUGCCAUGGCUCCAGAACGGGUGGCCCGCCGACUACUCGCUCGUCCACUUUGCUGAAGACCUCUGCAAAGCACUCGAGGCGCCCGAUAAGAUUCAUACGACGAGCUUUAUCGCCGAGCAGCAAAAGGUCUUUCCGCUGCACAUGGGGCCAGAGCACUCGACACGAACGUCGCCGACCGAGGUGCACAAAGAGCAUGCGUCCAAGGAGGCAGCGCCUGCCAACGCGGAUCUGCUCCUCUUUCCAGACUUGUAUGCGCCCCCGGAGCAAAAGAAGACCAACCCGUUCGGCACCGCCGAGCGCCCGACGCAAUCACCACACACGUCGCAGAAGCGACACAGUCCGCCGCCGUCGAGCUUGCCCGCGCCGCUGCCCGACGCACGCGCCGUGCCGACGCAGGAUCUGCUCGACCUGCCAUCGACGCCAUAUGCGGCACCGGGGCGGCUGAGUCCGCGCGGGAGCACGCUGUCGCCGCGGACCCCGUCGUUUGAGAACGGCUAUCGCAGCAACGAGUGCUACAUCAAGUGCAAGUGGAAUGGCGAAGCGCGCCGAUUCGCCUUCGACCGGAGUCUGAGCUUUGCGCAGCUGCAAGAGUCGAUCCACCGCCUCUUCCAGAUCCCAUUGUCGACGACAUUGACGCUGCUGUACCACGACAGCGACGGCGACAAGUGCUUGCUCUCGUCGGACGAGGAGCUGCGCGCAGCGCUCUCUCACUUUCCUGACACGCUCGUGCUCCAAGUGGACAGCAAGAGCGACGAGGCAGCCGUCGCCAAGUCGGAAAGUGCGUCGGCCGCCAAGGCGCCAGCCCCCAAGUCCGACGAGGCGACAUUGCGCGAAAUCAAAAUCGAGGAUGUCAAACUGGAGAAGUGCAUUGGUGUCGGCUCCAGCUGCAAGGUAUACAAGGCGAUCUGGCGGGGCACCGAAGUGGCCAUCAAAAAGUUUUCGUCGCUCAAUGCAGAACAAGUCAAUAAGGAGUUCAAGCACGAAGUGACCAUGAUGACGCACCUCGGAUGCCACCCAUGCAUUGUCCUCUUGCUCGCUGUGUGCACGACACCGCGUAGUAUCGUGUUCGAGUACCUUCCUUUCUCGCUCUUCGAGCAAAUCAACGGGUCCCAAGACCCGACCAAGAAAAUUCCGCCGUUCCCCAACACGUGGCAGAAGCGGCUGCAAAUGAUCAUGGACGUGGCGCGCGGCCUUCAGUUUCUGCAUUCGUUCAACAUUGUGCACCGCGACCUCAAGUCGCUGAACCUUCUCAUCACGGACGAAGGGCGUGUCAAGCUCGCGGGUACGUGCUGUUGCGCGUCCUUGGUCUGGGAUGCGAUGGACUCUAGACUUUGGCAUUGCCAAGGUCGCGCUCGAGAACGAGUUUAUGACGCGGUGCUGCGGCACGUACCAAUGGAUGGCUCCCGAGGUGAUUGUGUCGCAGACGUACUCUGUGAGCGCCGACAUUUACAGUUUUGGCAUCGUCAUGUGGGAGAUCUGCGAGGCGUCGGUCCCGUUCGCUGACACGCCAGCGGCGCUUGUCGCGAUGGCCGUCAUCCAAGAAAACAAGCGCCCGACCAUCUCCGCCAACAUCCCGACGCCGCUCAAGGACCUCAUCACGAGCUGCUGGGACAAGGAAGCGUCGUGUCGCCCGGACGCCGCGACCAUCGUCUCUGUCCUGACCAACUUUCUGCAAGCGAGCCAAGCCACCGCGUCCGGCUAACGCAUCCCACAAAAUAUGACACGUCGACUUUGUAUUUAGAC